AUGUCCCGCCCCACCACCCCAGCAUACACCGUCCGCCGCCAGGGAUACAACUCGUCCCUCUCAGCCUCAGCCACAGCAUCCACUUCGAGAACCGGCACCCCUGCUCCUCGAAAUCCCGUCAUCUCUCUCGACGAGUGGGAGUCCAAAGCACAUCUGAGCGAUGAGCAGCUCAGUAGCAUAGGGGCCGUCAAGAACCGCUAUGCAGACCGCCCACUGCCGGCCAAAUUCGGCGGGCAAAGCACUCGCCCCUCGACCCCUGCACAGUCGUUGACUGGCCCACAAUCUCCCAAUCCUGCCCUCAAAGACUCUUUGUCUAGCAAUACUGCCUCUCGCCUCUCUUCCUCGAUCCCAGACCCCCUCCAUCCAUCGAGCAUCACGACUCCCCAGCAAUUCUUGGACCAUUUCACAGCUUUGACUCUGUCGACAGAGCACGAGCAAGACAGUCUCUAUAGAGAUCAUCUCGCGGAGAUAAGCGGCCUCAGAGAGAACUGUGAAUUGCUCAUAGAGCUGCUCAAGGGUGGAGAGGAGGAGGUGCAGGAGAUGGAGAAAUGUUUGAGUUAUGUGGAGGAAAGGAGCGAGAGUCUGAGAGGGGCUUGCGAAGACCUCCUGGAGGAGCAAACUCAUCUCUUGACUCACACGUCUCAAUUAGCCCAUCGAUUGACGUUCUUUACGUUCUUGGAGACGGCUACAAAGAUGCUCAACAACCCAGGGAACGCCCUUGUAUUGAACCCGGACUUUCUGCCUAUGGUGAAACGACUGGAUGAGUGUAUAGGAUACCUCAGCGAUCAUCGAGAUUUUAGAGACUCUGAGAUCUACCUAUUACGGUACCAGCAGUGCAUGACAAGAAGUAUGACUCUUAUCAAGCUCUACUUUGUCGGCACUAUCAGAUCUAUUGGCCAAGAAGUCGGCAAGCGACUCACCGACCAAUCGCUUUCCGAAACGGCCACUCAAGCUCUCAUAUAUACAAAAUUCACAUCAUUAUCUACUUCUCUACGUCCUCUACUGUCAGAGCUGGAGCAGAGAGUAUCGACGAACCCAGAUGAACUGGCGCCCUUGUUGAGCGAGUGUAACGCGGCGUAUGUUUCGACCAGGCGAAACCUGAUGGGCGGCAGAGUGCAUGAGGAGAUCGGCCGUAUGAAACCCAACGGCAGCGACUUGGUCGAUCUCACCAGAGCAGGGUGCGGUUACCUCAAGACCACUUGCAUGGACGAAUUCCUUCUAUACAAACACUUCUUCCUCUCUGGCGAGGCUCAGCUCUACGGCUUUCUGGAAUCACUGUGCGACUACCUAUACGACCACCUUCGCCCUCGCAUCUUGCAUGAGCCGUCACUCCAAGUCCUUUGUGGUGUCUGCACCGUACUCCAAGCUCUGAUGGUCCAAGAUAUUCCAGACGAGGAUGAGGAUGACGGUUUGGUGUUCCAUUCCCCUGCUGCCAGUCCCGGAUCGCCCUACUAUGGAAACGGAGAUGACUACUUUUCCUCCAAACCGCGUCUGUAUCACACUGGGUCUUCCCGCAGCAUUUCUCACCAAUCGUCCCGGCGCCGUGCGUCCAGUCUUACAGGUAAUGGCUCACCGCGUUCGCGUGCCGGGUCUUUUGCUGGGUCUCCUGGGGCGAGUACUGUCCACCUGCCACCUCCACCCAGGAAAAAGACAAGAAGGCCACUUCGGCGGCUACACAUUGAAGUCUUGCUGAGAAUGGUAUUACAAGAUGCGCAGACGAGAUUGGUGUUCCGGGCUCAAGCUCUGCUGAGCGCAGAAGUAGAAUACUAUGCUCCCAAGGAAUCUGAUUUGGACUAUCCCGAUAGAUUAAAGUCUGGCAACAAGCUUGUACCUCGCCAGACAACGGUGUCUCUUAACGCGGACGACGAGGACGAUACGGCUGUAUUUGAACUUCCCUCGCUCGAGGUGCAAAACAGCUGGUACCCUUCUCUAAAAUCCACUCUUUGGGUUCUGUCGUGUCUUUACACGUUUGUGGACAGUGCUGUGUUUGAUGACCUCGCUCAAGAAGCGCUCAUCGCAUGUCGUAAAUCCUUGGCGUCUGCCUCUGACCUCUUGUUGGCCAAGCAAGGAAAGGAAAAGAGCAUGGACUCGAAAUUGUUCUUGGUCAGACAUCUUCUUAUCCUGAAAGAGAUGACAGCAGCCCUGGAUCUGGGAAAGACCCGGCGACGAGAGUGGAGUGGAGUCGGAGAUUUCCUACGGUCCUUGUUGGACAAUGCGUCGUCUCUUUUGGGCUACCAGAGAGGCUCGGUGGCCAAAUCCGCUGCAUAUGCUCCUGACGCUAGAACCGAUAUCGAUCGUUCUCUCAAGUCUGCCUGCGAGGACCUCAUCUCUAUUCUCAGCGUCAGAUCCACUUUUCCUUUGCAAGGCUUUAUUGGCCAAUGCUCUUCCUAUCUGGCGAGAGCGGCCAGCUCUACUACUUCUACCAGAACCGACCUCUCUGCGCAAGCAUUCGCCAAGCCAGAAAAGGUCAAAGAGGUACACGAAGAGUUCAAGAAGAUCAGCGUCAAGGCGGUAGAAGAUUGGAAGAGGGAGCUGAGGCUGUACUUGCUUGACAAAGAGACUGUUGCUGUUCUGAUGCCCCCGGCUCUUAACUCAAUUGUGGAUACGUAUAGACAAUUCCAUGACCUGAUUAGAGCAGAGUACGAUUUUGCGGUUGCUGCUGGGGUCAUGACUCCAUCGGGAGUGAAGAGCAUGCUUGAGAGUACGGCCUAG